GUCUGCAGAAUCGGUCGCAGGAUUGAAACAGCAAAGAAUUUGUAUCUGGGAAUCUCAAACACAAGGAGUUCACUCACGCAGCCGCCGGUUCGCAGACACCCCAGUGAGUUUAAUAUGGAGAGAGGCAAGUCACCUGCUGUGUGGGUGAGGAAUGUACUCAGUUAUCCAGCCUGAAGAAAUAUUAGCCCGUUCACACCAUAUAUGAAAGGAUUCACCUGUUCUGUCUGCGGGAAUUAAUUAAUUUUGUCAGCCAAGCUGGAAAUACAUCAGAAAAUUCACACCUGUGAGAGACUGUUCACCUAUCCCAUGUCUGGGAAGAGAUUCACUCACUCAGGCAACCUGCUGUCGCUCCAGUGAGUUCCCAAGGGAGAGUGACCAUUCAACUGUUGUGUGUGUGGGAAAAGAUUCACACCAUCAUCUGGUCUUCUGACACACAAGCGUUUUCAUACUGUGGAGAUGCCGUUUACCUGUUCAGAUUGUGUGAAGGGAUUUCCUGACUCAUAUCAAUUGAAGAUACAUCAGCGACUUCACACUGGGGAGAGGCCAUUCACCUGCUCAGACUGUGGGAAGGGGUUCACUCGGCCAUCUGAACUGAAGCUACAUCACCGAGUUCACACCGGGGAGAGACCGUUCACCUGCUCGGACUGUGGUAGGGCAUUUACUCAGUCAUCCAGCCUGCAGACACACCAGCGACUUCACACUGGAGAGAGGCCAUUCACCUGCUCAGACUGUGGGAAGACAUUCACUUGGUCAUCUGACCUACGAGCACACCAGUCAAUUCACACUGGGGAGAGACCAUUCAUCUGCUCAGACUGUGGAAAAGGGUUCACUCGGUCAUCUCAUCUGAAGCUACAUCAGCGAGUUCACACUGGGGAGAGGCCGUUCACGUGCUCAGACUGUGGGAAAGGAUUCACUCGAUCCUCUGACCUGUUAGCACACCAGUCAGUUCAUACUGGGGAGAGAUCGUUCAUUUGCUCAGACUGUGGGAAGGAAUUUAUUCGGUCAUCUCAACUGAAGAUACAUCAGCGAGUUCACACUGGGGAGAAGCCAUUCACCUGCUCAGACUGUGGUAAGGCAUUCACUCAGCAAUCUAGUCUGCAGAUACACCACCGAGUUCACACUGGAGAGAGGCCAUUCAUCUGCUCUGACUGUGGGAAGGGAUUCACUCAGUCAUCCACCCUUGUGGCACACUACCGGGUUCACACGGGGGAGAGACCAUUCACCUGCUCUGAAUGUGGGAAAGGAUUCACUCACUCAUCCAACCUUGUGACACACUACCGAGUUCAUACUGGGAAGAGACCAUUCACCUGCUCUGAAUGUGGGAAGGAAUUCACUCGGUCAUCCAACCUUGUGACACACUAUCGGGUUCACACGGGGGGAAAAGUUUAAAUAAGUUGCAUUCUGGAUAUUUAACCACUGCGAUUGCUGAAUCCGGAGGCAAGUUCAAAGAUGACUGUUGGUGCCAAACUCUGCAGUUAUUGCUGCUGUUCAUCACACCCAGUUCUGCACUCUUGUCACUGGGCAUGAAAGGAGUUUCCUCUGUUGAUGUUUGCCUUUAAUGGGAUUGGAGUUUAAUAUUCUGGAUCUGUGACUAAUAAAUCAGUUCUAUUUUAAGCUCGUCUCAGGUACCUGGUGAAACUACAACACCUACAGUGUACAGUAGGGAAUCAACUCAGCCCAGCUGCUCCCUGCCAGACUUUCUCUACCUCGAUAGUCCUUUUAAAUCCAUCCCUGCUGUUCGCCUCUGCCUUUUCCUGUGGUGAUGGGAUCCAAAUAAUCACCACUCUGUGGGUGAGGUUUCCCUUGAAUUUCCUGCGCGACUUUUUGCAGAAUGAAAGAAGAUGAGCUGACUGUAGUUAUGUCUGAUAUGUUCUUCAUUUAGCAUAUUUCUGGGCUGAGGAAGAAUGUCAUUGACAGCUAACCUCCUACUUCCCUGCUCUUUUCAACAUUAUGGGCCAUCUUCACAGCUUCUCAAGGGCUCUGUCUCACACAGUCGGGUUCUUAGAACACACCACUGCUCUCCAAAGUCUGAAAGCAGAUUGGGGAAUCAUUAGUUGGACGUUCAAUGGAGUAGAGUUGGAAACCAGAGGCAGGUCAGGACAGGGCAGAGUUUGGGACUCUGGACAGUAGUAAGAGCACAUAAUGAUGAGCAGGGAAACAGCCGGUGGGAGUGGGGGGUGUUGCAAUGAAUGGCAGAGUAGCGACUUCUGGAAGCCGAUUGAUAGAGUAAAGAACUGGGUUGAAAUUUGACACACUAUGCCUGUUGACAGAGGGUAUAUUGCUUGUGGGAGCUUGUUGUUUUAAAUUGUUUGUUGUGUUCUCGUAAAAAUAUUGACUGGUUGAUACACACAGGAGGUACUGCAGAUGCUGGAAAUCUAUGCACACAAUGUGGUGAAGGAGCUCAGCAGAUCAGGCGGCAUCUAUGGAUGGGAAUAAACAGUAGAUAUUUUGGGCUAAGACCUUACAGGAAGCCCCCUUUCAAUGGCACUGCUCUUACCCAGAACCCUGAGAGGUUUAGAAUGUACUAUUGCUACGAAUUGAGUGUGCAGGUGCCGAGAAUCUGUUGGAUCCAAUUGUUUAAUUUUUAUUGUCAUUUUAUUUGCAGUUUAACAAAUAAUUAUCUACUUGUAUUUGAAGUAGCCUUUGUAUGCUUAACAGUUUAAUAUGUCUCUAAUGGUUGUACAAAGUAGAAUUCUGGAGCUUCUUUGCAAUUCAUUAAGUGAGUAAGUGUUUCUUCAUUGGUUAAGUUUUACUGCAGCACUGACAAGUACAUUCUAAUUGGAUCAUUGUCUAUAGAUCCGAAUGGAAUUUUUCUUAUCUUUGGGUAUAGAAGUAGUUGCUUUUUGCUGGGUGCCAUCUUUUGUUUUUCUCUCUCUCCUUCAAGUAGUAGACCCCUGUCACUGUUCUGUUCCUGUUCUAUUAACUUUUAAUAAA